AUGUUGGUUGAUGUUAAGCCUAGAGAUGAGCCUGAAGCAGAGGCAUCCAAGGGCGAUGAAGUGACCGACAUGAUUCCGAGUCCGGCACCUGCGAAGCAUGGAAGUCCCGCAGGAACUUUCGAAGAGUUCAAGGCCAUGCUUGGAGUUUUUGGUGGAACGGAAACAUCUGAUUCAAAAGACUCGAACACCUCGGAGAAUGCGAGUUUAGAAACCGCGAUGCCCGGCCAUAAGUUCAAGAAACCAUUUCUCGGAUCUAAGCAAGACACUCGAGAUGACGAAUAUGUUUCUGUGUGUGUGGCAGUUAAAGAUCAGCAACAAGAUUUACCCGAAUGGUUCAUUCACCACUAUUAUCAUCUCGGGAUAAAAAGAUUCUACAUCAUGGAUGAUGGUUCUGAUCCGCCUCUAUCGGAGAUGGAAGAUUUGGGGAUACCACGAGAGCAUGUAACUUUCCAAUACUUCAACAAGUCAGAACAUACUUUCUACAUGCAAGAACACGUCUACAAUAUCUGUGUCGAUAAAUACGGAAGUAACCACACUUGGAUGGCUUUCAUCGACGCCGACGAAUAUCUGGAGAUGACAGGAAACGAAAAUUUUGUUCAGUUCCUAGAGUCAUUCGAGGAAGACGAACACGUUGGCGCGGUGUAUGUUUCAUGGAUGACGCAUUCUUCUGCCGGCCUUUUAAGCAGAGCCAAAUCUGUCCGCAAAGCCUACAUUGAUUGUAUAUGGGAUGGGGAAGGACAUAAUAUAUUAGGCAAAACCAUAUCCAAAGUUUCUAUGUAUACUGGUACAGACACUGUCCAUCAAGUCCAGAAUAAAGACGGGGCAAUAAUUGUUGAUGAAAAUGGGGUUGAGGCACCUUUACAACGAAGACCACCGACGAAGAAUCGAAUAGCACUGCAUCAUUAUGCAUUGAAGAGUAGAGAAGAAUAUCAGGAGAAGAUUGAUCGAGGGAAUGCCAUGAGUACUCCUAAGGAUUGGCAAUUUUGGAACAGUGUUGAAGGAAUGGCAGGUAUUGAAUGUCUUUCCAUGGCAGGAUAUUAUCCUUAA